CCAAAUGGAAACCAAACAGAAUGGAUGGAAUUUGUUCUCUUGGGUUUUUCUGGCGUGCCCCAUCUCCGGUGGUUUCUUUUUGGAUUAUUUCUGGUAAUCUAUAUUAUUAUUCUGGUGAGCAAUGGUACUAUUUUUCUAUUAUCAAAAAUAGACCCUGCUCUCCAGAGCCCAAUGUACUUUUUCCUGGCAAGUUUUUCUCUCUUGGAAAUUUGCUAUGUGUCAGUCACACUUCCCAGAAUGUUGAUGGAUCUUGGGACUCAGAGAAGAAAUAUUUCCUUACUUUCCUGUGCUACACAGAUGUUCUUUUUAGUUAUAUUUGGAACCACAGAGUGUUUGCUCCUGGCAGUGAUGGCCUAUGACCGUUACGUGGCCAUCUGUAACCCUCUACACUACCCUGUAGUCAUGAACCACAGGGUCUGUAUGCAGUUGGCGAUUGGUGCCUGGACUAUUGGCAUCCCAUUUCAGAUAGAGCAGAUAUAUCAGAUUUUCUCCCUUACUUUUUGUGGGUCUAAACAAAUUAACCACUUCUUCUGUGAUGUUCCCCCCCUACUCAAGCUGGCUUGUGGAGAUACUUUUAUAAGUGAGAUGUUGCUCUAUGUAGCUGCCAUUGUAUUUGUCACAAUCCCUUUUCUGUUGAUACUUGGUUCCUACAGUAAAAUUAUCUCUACCAUCCUGAAAUUACCAUCAACCACAAGUCAGACAAAAGCUUUCUCAACCUGCUCAUCUCAUCUAAUUGUUGUACUUUUAUUCUUUGGAUCAGCCACUAUUUCAUACUUACGACCAAAGAACAAUCAGUCAGAAGAAUCUGGAAAAGUGCUUUCUCUUUUCUACACCAUCCUAACCCCUAUGUUUAACCCCAUGAUAUACAGCCUCAGAAACAAGGAUGUCAUAUCAGCACUGAAAAAAGUGCUAUGUAAAUAA